UAAAACCCGUUUAACAAGAACUCAUAUUGUAAACGUUUGCUAUCAAGUAACGACACUUUUCAGUUUAAUACUGAUAGCAAAUAUAACAAACAUUAAACCGUGUUUUUUCUGGAUGUUAGUUAAACCUUUCAAUACGUGAUAAACCUUCAACAAUUAAUUGAUACAUGUGAGAUUAAUCUAAAUCUAAAUUACCGCGUGUGUAAAGCUCCAUGCGGAAAAUAUACUCUACUGAAAGGAAUUAUAGACGAAUACCAGGUGAGCAGUUGUUAUCAGGAAACCCUCCUUUGUAAAUACUCUGCAAAGGCUGUUAUCUUUCAAGUAUUGCUUUAUGAAAAAACGUGUACACGAACCGUUUGGCAUCUGACAUUUGAAAUUGUACUGUUUUUAACAACAGAAAACUGCAGUACAUUUUAUUACACGCCAUAAACUGCAAUAACUAUGGAUAUCAUCAGGAAUAUAUUUGUAUCAACGAUUGUGUAUUUACUGUAUAUACAAGCGAAGAUACCUACAACAGGGGCUGAGACAACUACAGUAAAUUCAACAAGCAUCAUUUCAACAAAUACCGCCAACACUAACUCACUAACCAAUUCUUUGGAAACGGCAUCGUCAGAACCAACUGGUUUCGAUUCGUCGAAAACAACCAUUUCAACGACGAUCGUGAACAAUACUGUUAACAGCACCAACACUUCGACCGGUUCGACUUCUACAGUUUCCACAGAAAAUAUCACAUCCACAACAGUUCCGUGGAAUGCUAACACUAAUACAUCGUCGACCACAAAUUCAUCAUCCAGCACAGCUACUGAACUUGUAGCUACAUCCGUAGGACUGCACAAACCAUAUUCCGGUAUUGAAGCCGUGGCCAUAGUAUGUAUGGUGGUCGUCUGCGCGGCCGUGAUAGGUCUGGCCGUUUGGACCGCAAGGUGCGAGAAGGGAACUAGUCGUAUGACGUCAAAAGAGGACACGCGCACUGGGAAAUAUCUCGAUCAUACCGGGGUAAAAACUGAUGGCGUUACAAAGAAUCAACAAAUGGCGUAAUUAAUGUCGGCAAUUAACAUCGAUGACUCCGUACAGGACAAAUAAAAUUAUUUGUUUAUUCAUAUAGACGUGUUUUAUACGAGUGUAUUUACAUAUUUCAAGCAUUGAAACAAGUGUUAAGAUACCUAAAAUUAAGAAGAAUAAAUAAUAGUCGAAACUCAAUUUAGUGAUUGAUAACAUGAAGAAGUAUUUUACAAAGAUGUGAGUGGCACGUUGAAUAAUACUGAAAUCAUAAUGGAAACUUCGGAAACCAUAUCAUAUUUCCAUAUGCGUAAUUGUUGUAUUGAAAGGCAAAAUAAAAUAAUGCUUGUA